AUGUUUCUCCACACAUGUAGAAGGAUACAUGAUGCUUCUCGAACCCUAAAAAGUAACAAACACAAAAGCGAAAAAUUUUUGCGAUUUUUUUCGAAAGGAAUUGAAGAAAUUACUCAAAGCGAUAAGAACGAUUUACGAGCAAAAUUGCUAAGUGCAGAAAUCCAACUUUUAAAAAAAUCGAAAAAGCACACCUUCGACGUUGACGUCAGGGAGCUCAAUCGCCUCAUUAGGAGGGAGAAAUUUAACAAAGUUGGGAAAAUCACACCAAAAGGGAACGCCGCCCGUGCAAUUAACGCAAAGAACGCAACAAGCGCAAAAAACGCAAUAAGCGUCGAAAAAGGCGAAAUAGUUGAACGAGGCAAAGUCGGCCAAAGCUGUGAAACGAAAAACGCCGGAAGUAUGGUAGAGAUGGAGAGCGGGACGAUCACCGCAGAAUGGGAACAAGCCUGCAUCGCAGAUUGCCCCCAUGAGGAGGAAUACCCUCACGAGCAGCGAACAGCAAAGGCAACACUCCCAGAAGCAGCAGCAGCAAAGAACAGGGAUAGAGGCAUAAGCGUUUUCGAGCACCAGGUGGACAACACACAUGCAGAAGUCCGCAAUGUGAACCUAAGUGAUGAGGAAAUGCGAAUCCUAGAUGAGUACAUAGAGAAUUUAGAUAUCUGGAAAGUAUAUAAUGUGAAAGAAAAUGUGCAGGAAAGUGGGAAAGAAGCUGAAAAGGACCGUGCUGAAGUAGAUGCUACCAGUGGAAGCAAGAUGAAUGGCCGUAGUUCUGCUUACACCAAAGGUUUUGCUGACGCCCGUGCUGAAAACACUUCCUUUGGGCACGCACCCGAUGAGAACGUCCCCUGUAGAGGCUCUUCGGAGGACAUGAAUGACCUGUCCUUCUACCUCAUCGCUGGAAAUAGCUCUAGUCUCUUCACGGAUCAAGCUCACCCUGAGGAUGCUACUGAGGAGGAUGUUAAGAACCAUGAGUGGGAGGAAGAAGAAGAAGUAGUAGAGGAGGGAGUGAAGGAAGACAAGGAGGAAAAUUCCCUCAAGAUGCUAGGCAGUGACAUGGUCCUCAGGACCCGCACGGACUGCGAUGUCAUGGGGAAAUGGAGCGACCUCCUGCACGGAGAUGACGUGAAUAACAACAACAGCAGCAGCAGCACCCCCCUCCUCAGAGCGUCGACAAGGAAGCCACAGGGAAAGAAGUACAGCAAGAAGGAGAACAAGAAGUACACCAAGAAGAAGAGCAAGAAGUACAUCAAGAAGAAGAGCAAGAAGUACACCAAGAAGAAGAAAAGCGAAGUCGAUAAGAGCGAGGAGAAGUCCAGUGAGAAGGAGCAAAAGCCAAUCGUUACCUCAAAAAGAGGGCGAAACUCGAAGAACAGAGCACCCGAGUAUGUCGAGAAAAACAACCCCCAAGGUAUCUACCCCGAAGGUGCCUACCCCGAAGGUGUCUGCCCCGAAUGCACUUUGCUUGCUAUGCACAAACAUUGGGAUGACGUACUCUACGAGGAUAUGAACAAGGCGUUACGUGUUGCGGAAAAGGAAAUGCUCGACGAGGGAAAUUUAUGCAGACACCGCAGUUAUGCACAGUACUGUGUGUUGCAGGGUGAAAAGUACAGUGGCAAUGCAUCCCCUGGGGUGGACAAUAAGGGGGAGACGUUCGACGAAGUUUCCGUUCUGAACAUGAUGCUCCUUCUGGAGGAACACCUUCGAGAGGGGGGCUGCGCUGACUUGGAGGAAACGCACUCAUGGGGAGGGGAAGAAGUGACAGAAGAAGUGAUGAAAGGUGAAAUGGUCGAAAGAAGGUACAACGCAGAGACGCCGAAAAAAGCAAUAAACGUAGAGAAUCGCGUUAACGUUGAAUGCAUCACGCAAAUGAAUACGACACAGUGUAGUGUACCUGAAGGAGUCUUCAUCCUAGCUUUCCUCCUGGUAGAAAAUUCUCUCUCUGUAGGAAUGCUGAACAAGUUCUUCCCCCUGUUUAUGAGCAACUUUAGUAGUCUGCAUGAGAACCAGAUUCUGUUGCUUUUGUAUCUCUACGGAGCAGAAAAAAAUAUUUAUGACCACUUUACCAACAUGCUGAAAAUCUUCUAUUUGAAUAAGAGAGUAUUUGUGCAAAGCGAAUUGAACUCCCUUCGCAAAGUAAACGUCUCAUGGAUGAAGAGCGAGGCAUCAUGGAUGAGACUGAACAAGAAGGAAAUGCUGGAAAAAGGUCAUUGUAAAUAUUAUAAGAUGCUGAAAAGAGACCGAAUAGAUUUGCUCUUCCUAAAAGUGUGUCUCAAGCAUGGUAUUAAAUUGGACCAGGAGUUAAAAACAUUUUACCAUGAAGGGGAUGAUAUUACUUAUAGAGGUACUUACUACUUGAAGCUGUUCGAAUGCUUUUGUCACCUCACUAACAGAAAUGACGAGAACUUGCUCAUCAUGGCGUUGAGGAAGCCACCUUUUUCUCUUAAGAAAAUUAUGAUAUACAAAAAUGAGGCCUAUUUUAGAAGAGCAUUAAGCAUGAGAUACAAACCGAAUUGUGUGAGUAGCUUCUUAGAAUUGAAGACCGUGUUGACAUGUCUAAACCGGAUAGACAGUGUAUUCUUUUUCAACUGUGUGAGAAAGUGCAUGGAAAAUGACUAUUCUGUCAAGAACGUUACGGAGAAAGAAAAGAGGGUACACGUAGGAAUUAAUCCCUUUUUGCUUUUGUGCGAAUCCGACCGAGUGGUAGAAUCGAAGAAGCGCCCCCGUAAAGGCGCAGUACAGUUAGACGAACAGGCGAAAAAGAAACGCAUCAAUAAUUUAGGACAUACAACAGUUGUGGUCAACUCGGGAGAGACACCUCCCCUGGAAGAAUCACCUCCCUUGGAAGAAUCACUUCCCUAUAGAACUGUAGAUAUUUACCCCAUCGUAACAUUCUACGUUAUAGUGAACCACAUGAUGAGGUUUCUUGUGCUUCCCAUUUUUCGCUCACCGGAUUUGUUCGCACCGUUAAGGGAUGCGGUGAUCCAGAAGGGGGGACUUUUCUUCCGUGAGGACGACGUGCUGAUGGACUGCGUGAUGAUUAUGCACGAGUGUUGCCAGGACGGGGGGAAGCAUCCAACGUGCCAACCAGUGUGCAUGCCGACAUGCAUACCAACAGACGUACGAACAGACGACCUGGUAGAAGAUUACCCGUCCACGCAGGAAGAGGCGAAACUGGACAAUAGAAUGUUCAGCAAGAACAAGCUCACCCGGAAAAAUCAGUGUAUAGCGUUAUUCAAGGCAGACAAGGAAAAUGCUCACACAAUUUGGCCAUCCGAUAAAAGAAUAACAGUAAAGAGAAUCCCUGUGAGCCUUUUUAUUCACUCCAUUUCUUUCAUUAACAAUUACGUGAAGGAUUUAGUUAUUUACCUGGGUGAGUACCACCUAAUGCAUGAGGAUAUUUUGUACACCCUGGAAUAUUUUUACUUAAAGUACCUCAUCCUGUUGAAUUCGCUGGAGAAGGAAUGGAAUGAAUCCACGCAUGGGGAGGGUGGAGAAAAUUACAUGCGCAUGAAACAACAGCUGUUCACACAGGUGGAGGAAAUUAUCCCCCCUUGCUUCAGCCACCUGGGAGAAGUGAAGGACAAUGCAAGCAAACCUUACUACCGUUGGCAGAAGCCAAUAUGCAACACGAACGAGGAUGUACCAGAGUAUUGCAGGAACGUGGAUUUUCAGAAAAGAGCGGACAUGACUAACAGGGCUGACAUGAAUAACAGGACAGACAAAAUGGAACAAACGGACAAUGAAAGCCCACACAGCUUGGAACAAAUGGACUGUGAAAAUUUACACCCCUUGGACAAAUCUAAAUUCUACCGCAUCGCCUGCAAAAAUACCACCUCCUUCAUUUUCAACACCAUCUUCUGUAUUAUGGUGAAAUAUAUAAGGUACGAUUCGAGUAAGGUGAUUAUGGAAAAAGACGACUGGUGGUUUUUUUCAAAAACUAAGUUCCUAAAGGUCAUGAUUUACACCCUCACUUGUUACGUAAAUAGUUUGUGCUUAAAAAAAUGGGAUUACUUUGAUUUCAUCUCGCAAAAUUACCUCCCUCAUCUUCACAUUCUGCCCGACUGGAAAAACAUUAACUUUGGUGUCCAAGAACGAAACGUGCAAUCGUGCCUUACAUGCAUGUCAGAAAUUGUAGAACAUUUGUACAACUAUAUAUUUUAUUGCCUACCGCUGAUGCGUGUGCUAAAGAUCAAUGAAAAUGAGUUAACAAGCCUGACGAGAUUCCUUUCCAUGUUUUUAAUUCCCUUGCAUUAUCACGUUUACUUUGGUCAGAUUUUUAACUCUUAUGGGAAUUCAUUUCAGCAUGGGAUGGAGCCAUCCUCCAUGCACAUCGGUAACCACACAGAUGAGAAGAAUAACAAUUCCUGGAGAAAUAACAACGAUGGGGAUGCUCUCCAAAAAGAGGAUCUGCAAACAAUGAACAAGCUAAUUUUGUACUAUGAAAUAAUUUUCAAGUCCUACCUUAAAGAAACGCUUAUCAUAGAUCCUAUGACCCUGUCCAUUGAAAACUUAGUGAUUAGACUUGACACCAUGGCUCGUGUACUAAUUGUCUUUGCCCUGCAUAAAAUUCCUUCCGCCAAGGUCAUUACUGACCUGAGUAAAGUGUUGGAUCGACUCAUCUCCCAGUUCGACCAAGUCAGUCCCAAGCACCACCAUAUGAUCCUCAGCUCCUGCCAAAAUUUAAUUGAUCACAAGAAUCUCCUGAAGAAAUUCAAAAUGAGCAACAUUAGAAAGUGCUCCCUCCUGAACAACUACAUUGCGUACCAUCGUUAG